GCAAAACAAUUUCUCCCCGAGCGAGCUGUUGUUAGUGGCUGACGCCGUUGAGAGGCUAGAGGAGGCUCGCAACGAUUCUCCCCUUUUCCUCCCCGCGGUGAGUCUCGUCGCCGCGCUCCCGUCCCGUUGAGCUGCUGUCCCGAGAGGUUUCGGAGGUGGCCGUGACAGGCUGGGGUUCGCUCAUUGGGAUUUAUUUCUCCUGAAAUGGGAAUUCUCCUAUUGUAGCACAUUUGGUGACUUCCAAGUUUCAAAUAUGGAUACAGAACAGAUCAUGGAGGGGCAGGCACAGGUUCCAGAAAAUCCUCAUGCUGAAUAUGGCCUUACAGAAAAUGUAGAGAGGAUAGUAGAAAAUGAGAAGAUUAACGCAGAGAAAACAUCAAAGCAGAAGGUGGAUCUUCAGUCAUUACCUACACGUGCCUACUUGGAUCAGACAGUUGUGCCUAUCUUACUACAGGGGCUUGCUGUACUUGCAAAGGAGAGACCACCAAAUCCCAUUGAAUUCCUAGCAGCGUAUCUUUUAAAAAACAAGUCACAGUUUGAGGACCGAAAUUAAUUCCAUGGGAAGAGGAGGACAGUUUGGCUGCUAAACUUACAUGCUAAUUUGUCAUGAUUCAUUCUUUGCUGUAAAAAUCAUACACAAUCACCAAUGUCUUUCAUAACUGCACAAUUUCUCAUCUUUUCUUGAGUUAUUUAAUAAAGUACAUUUUUAUUCUCACUAGU